AUGGAUGUUCAUAAUGCUUUUCUUCAUGGUGAUUUUGAUGAAGAAGUAUUUAUGCAGUUCCCUCCAGGGUACGGUACUCCGUCACCUGGCAAAGUUUGCAGCUAUGUGCAAGGCAGUGUAUCUUUGCAUGUUCUUGUCUAUGUCGAUGAUUUGAUUAUUGCAGGAUCUUCUCAUGAUGCUAUUGAUUUGGGUUUGCUUAAGUAUUUCUUAGGCAUUGAGGUUGCUCGGAGUCCGGAGGGUAUCUUUCUUUCUCAACGAAAGUAUGCUCUGGAUAUUUUGACUGAGGCAGGAAUGUUGGUUUGUAAACCCAUUGAUACUCCGAUGGAGCAGAAUCAUCGUCUUGCACAUGCUUCCGGUGACCUGUUUGCUCAACCGAAACAGUAUCGUCGUUUGGUUGGUCAUUUGGUUUAUUUGUUAGUUACUCGACAAGAGUUGAGUUAUUCAAUGCAUGUGUUGGCUCAGUUUUUGAGCAUUCCAUAUGUUUCCCAUUGGGAUGUGGCUAUUCGUGUCUUGCGCUACCUUAAGGGUAGUCCAGGACAAGGUAUUUUGUUGCGAACUAUGCAGGAUUUAUGCUUGAUGGCGUUUUGUGAUGUGAUUGGGCAGCCUGUCCGUUGA